CCAACACAAAGCCGACAGUACGUUAGGCGAUGGCCACAAUGAUGGCAGACACAGUCGACACGCAGAUGUCCGACUAUGACAUGGACAUGCUUAUGCAAUCCGCGUCUAACGAAGUUCUCGCAGAUGCCAGCAUGGACCACGACGGGCACGACGAUGACGCAGUUUCCGUCGAGGUUGACAUGGAACACUACGAUGAACAGCAAUACGAGUACGACAUGGAAGAUGCUGAUCACGCAGAAGAGCACUAUUCGGAACAUAUUGAUGCUGAAGUACACGAUGCUCCUCCCAUGCAUCCCUUUCCAGAUAUGCCACAAUCAACUUUUCCCCCGUCGAUCAAUCCUUCGCCCCACCUUGGAGCAACACUCUCCCCAGAACAUCCAGACAUCCCACUAGAAGAAUCUCUCCCAGUGGAAAUUCCGCAGAGCACUGAGAAUCUCCUGAUCCUCGACCAUGUUCCCUCUGCGUCGUCCGACUCUGUAGAACUUGAACUCGCACAUUCUGAGCUUCCUACGGAUUUACCCACAAGUGGAGAAGAUAAUUCACAUAACGAAGUGCCGGUCUAUGGGGAACACUCUGAGGUCCUCUCGAACCCGCUCCCUCAUGUGGAAGAACCUGCUGACACCUCGCACGCAUCAAAUCCUUGGCACCUUUCAAGCGAGGAACACAAUGAGGAACACCCUGAAGAGCCUGCGCAAAACUCCAACGUUCCAGUUCCACCCGAAGAACAUGUCGUUCCUGGUAGUGCCUCUCACGAAGAGGUAACCACUGAGGAACAGGCUCAAGAUGGCGGAGACCCGCAUGAAAUAUCUGAGGGUGUCUACAUAGACCCUCCUCCUCCAGUGAUACUGAGCAUAGAGGGAUAUGAGACUGGUUAUACCCUCUUCAAUCAGGCAGUGGCUGACGCUGACAACUCCCAAACUCAAACGCAGUCCCAGUCUCAGUUGCAAGAUAGUUCGACUGAAUCUGAUCCAUCGGUGAUAUUGCAUCAGCAGCCAACGCUCUACUACGAGCCUCUGAGCACUGUUGUUUCUGCUCUGCGGGAAUGUUACUCUCAAACUAUCCUUGCGCCCCUUGUUCGGGGUGGCGCCGAACUAGUAGUAGAUGUUCCAGUGCUUGAGCUCUCCGUUUCUGAGGAUAAUGUAUACAUUCGGGAGAUUACACUUCACGACCUUAACAUACUCCAUGACUUCCGCGAUGGUAACGAAGGUGAACUUCUUCAUAUUCACCUCCGAGCUGCACCAGGUCCUCGGUUUGUUGCACGCUACCAUGCUUUGAGGGAGCAAGUAGCUCGGCUAGGGCUUGAGGCCGAAACCGAAGUUGAGAAUGCCGCUGCUGCAGUCGACGAUAGUGGUGAGGAGGAGGGUACUGAGGGCUCAAGUGAUCAUCAGGAAGGUGAAACCGAGCGCGAUAAUCGUCGCGAUAAACCCGAUGAGCAUCCUUAUCAGCGUGCAGAGGAUGAUCACGAGCAUGGUGUUUCUUUGGAUACGCCAAAGACUUCCCUGCCACCUGCUUUACAAAGUUCAGACAACUUUCAAUUGUCUGAUGACGCUGCUUAUCAUCCGGUGCAUAAUGACCACAACACAGCGGAAGCCCUUGAAAACGAAGGCGACUAUGUUGAACAAGUACCCGAUAAUGCCGAAGACCAUCAGGCUGUUGAAGACUUUAGUGUAGAACAAGCCGCUGAAGCAGGCUCGCACACGGAAGAUCAAACGGGUACUGUUGAGCCUCGGGCUGAGGGUAACCGCGAUGAUCUGGAUGCCGCCGUGCAGCUGGUCGAUCAAACUGCAGGCCUGCAGCACACUAAUGGGCAGCAGUACGGCGGCGAACAUGCCGAGUAUGAAGAUAAUGUCGCUCCAGAAGAGUACGAGGAGGAUGGUGUCAGUGCCAGCGUUGAAGGUGUUAACGGAGGAGUAGCCGAUGAUGAUGAAAAGGUCGAAGAGCAUGCAGCCGGCGCUUCCACGACAGAAGGUGUUUCCACAGAAGAAACCAGCGUCCCGUCGACAGCAGUAGAUGAGACUCAGAUUCCGCUUCCUGGCACCGACGCUGACGAUGAUGAGGAUUAUGGGGAGGAGGGGAAUCUUGGAACUUAUUACGAUCCAAUAGUAGUCAAUGCUGCUGAGGAACUGCAGGAUGCAGAGGAUCAAUCUUCGGCAAACAUCAAGUCGGGUGGCGCCAAGAGUGAUGGUUUGACCAGCAGAGAAUUCGCUAUUUCCGCGGAUGAAUCGGAUUCCAACUUUGUAGCAUUGUUGGAGAGGGAAGCUGACGAAGCUGCAGAAUUGAACCAGGCCGCCGAGAAUCAGUUAUUUGGUGAUGCUUUAGACGAUGCCCCAGAUGAAGGCGCCAACGAGGCCGAUGAGGCGUCGCAAGAAGGUUUAGAACAGGUUGACAACGCUGAGGAUCAGCCUUGGGAUGACUCCGACGCAGAUGGCGAAGAAGACUGGGGAGAUGAGGAUGCUGAUGAGGGCGAGGCCGAUCCUCCAGAUGCUGACUCUCCCGGAGAUGCUUCCUCCAGCCAGAGUUCUGGGACUCUUUCUAGCGCUGGUCAACUGGCACGAACAGCAUCACCCUUAAAAAGUAAACGGACUUAUGAUGAAGUUGACUAUGAAGACGAAGAGCUGAUAGAGGCUGACGAUGAACCGCUGAGUUCACCUGAUACAAAACGCCCUCGCGUCCAGUGACGCACUAGGAUGUCUUAAAACUCAAUGUGCCUCGCUCGGCCUACUCGGACACGCUGUCAGUUGUCCGUAUCGAUUUCUCGGCUCCCGAUCAGUGGCAAAAUCCCAUUUUACCCCUCACUUUGGAACUAUUGACAAAAGGCUAAGUUGAACGUCUCACGGUCAAGGAUUUCAUGGUCUCAUGCAUCCUCUUCUUCCUUAAUUUUAUCAACUCGUAUUGUUGUUUUGGCUGAUUAUUUUCAUCCUGUUGCUACUAAUGUUUCUAGCAAACCCGAGGAGCCUGUUGGGUUAGGGAUUAACAGGGAAGACCUGGGAUGUGGUCAUGAAGAUCACUAUGCUUGCAUGUCAUGUAGUUUUCUGUGAGAUGCUGUCGGGCUGAAUAGAAUGUAACUGUAAUACAAAAAAAAAUCGGAUAGUGCAUUAGUAUGAGUACAUAGCUGCAAUUCAAACAGCAUAGUAUCCC